GCUUUUUCCUUCACCGCUGUCAUCACUACUAAGAACAAUGCGCGGUUUACUAUUUAACGCCUGGAAAAGAUGUAACUGUUUUCUUUUCAUGACCGACGAGCUUACUUCUGCGUUUGAGUGUUUUGAAUGAAUGAUUUCUAUGAAUGAAUGGAACGUAGCAUUUUUUUUAUGUCAUGAGUAGGGAUGGGAAUCGAGAACCGGUUCCUGUUGAGAACCGGUUCCUUAUGUUUCAAUUCCAUGGAACCGUUUGGCAGCUCGUUAAACGAUUCUCUUAUAGAUUCCAGACCGCACGGUUUAUGUAACGUUAUUUACGCAGCAAGGUACACACGAAUGAUUCAGUAAGCCCGGCUUGACGUGGCGUAGUUGCUUGGUUACGCAGGUGACGCUCGUGAUACUUUUUACAAGUCUGAAAUGGCACCCCUAAGGUUAAAACGGUCCAAAGUGUGGCUUCAUUUCACAUUACAUAAGGAUGGCAACAGGGCGUUUUGCAACCACUGCAAAUUGUUGAUAACAUCGGCGGGAGGGAAUACUUCAAAUAUGCAUAAACAUCUGCGCACACAACACGGGAUAAACUUUAACGAGUGUCGCGUUUUUGAUGCCCUUCGGAGUGACAGCAGCCAAGCUUCUACGACCACCGUGACCUUGGGGGCUAACACCGAAGGCAACUCUGGUGGGAGAUGACAAAGGUUCUCAAUCCAAAAUACAAAGCCCCCAGCAGGGAAAGCUUAACCAACCACUUAAUCCCUGCUUGGUAUGGUGUGGAAAAGGGAAAUGUGAUCUCUGAACUGAAAACAGUGUCAAAGGCAGCUAUCACGGCUGAUGGGUGGACAAGCUUUUGUCAGGAUCAUUAUCUCACGGUUACUCUGCACUACGUGAGCAAUGGCCAGGUAAAGGAAAAGGUCCUAAAAACCAAAGCCGUGUACCAAUCUCAGACAGGCUCAGCUGUAGCAGAGGAGAUUGAUUACAUUUUAGAAGAAUAUGGUGUACGGGAAAAGGUUGUGGCAGCAACUGUAGACAAUGCAGCGAACAUGGAUGUAGCCAUCAAACAGCUGCAAAUUGUCAAAUUUCCAUGCUUCGCUCAUACGCUGAACCUGGGAGCGCAAAAGCUGUACAACUGCACUGCCAUAUCCAAUUGGGCAGCACGAGUUCGAGCAGUUGUUGUCUGGAUGAAGAGGUCCCACAUGGCAAAAGUUGUUCUUAAAGAGAAACAAGACUUGCUCAAGCUGCCCAAGCACAUGCUCCUCCUGGAUGUAAGGACCAGAUGGAAUUCCCUCUAUUUGAUGAUGGAGAGAUUCACCGAGCAGUUCCCUGCUAUCCAGGCUGCAGCCAUAGAUCCACGCAUAAGAAGGCCCAUGGAGAAGGAAAGGUUGGACAGAAUAGGCAACGAGGACUUAAGGAAAGCAGAGGAGUUUGUGCAUCUCAUGCGGAAGCAUUACACCUCCACACUGACCGUCUCCAGCGACAAAAGUGCAACCUGCGGUGAGAUUUUGCCCAUCUUGCAGAAGCUGGAGCAACAGUACACUGUGCAGGAAGGUGACUCUGCGUUCACAAGGAGCAUCAAGGAGAACAUUUGGAAGGAUCUCUCCAAACGCUACCAGGGAACUGACAUUCAGAGAUUCCUGGAGGAAGCCACCAUCUUGGACCCCAGAUUUAAAUACAAAGUGAAAAGUGAUGCAGUCUGGGACAGGAUCAGGGAAGCUGCAAUAACAGCAAAUACAGUGGCAGCAAGAGAUGAGCUCCCAGGGGAAGGAGAGACACAGAGGGAAGGCUGCGAAGAUGGGGAGGAGGAAGAAGUAGAGGAACACUAUGCACUGCCACCACCAUCAAAAAAGACAGCCUUGGAAGAACUAUUCGAGGAGGAGGACAACGAGCUGCAGUCAAUCCGUGAAUCACAGCCCCGUCUUUCCCUGGCUCAGAAGGUGGAUCAGGAAAUCCAGUUCUACAAAAGCCUGCCCUCCAUCCCCUGCAGGGAUAGCGCCGCACUGUGGUGGUGGAACAAGCAGGAUACGCUGCCCUUGCUAUCUGGACUGGCUGAAAACUACCUCUGUGUGCAGGCUUCCUCCACCCCAUCUGAGAGGGUGUUCUCCACGGCUGGAGACACCAUAAGCCCCGAAAGAUCCCGUAUCCUUCCAGAAAAAGCAGAUAUGCUCAUAUUUCUGCAAAAGAACUGUUAAUUUUCCCUACUACUACUUGAGUGCACACACACACACACUCACACUCACACUCACACUCACACUCACACUCACACUCACACACACACACACACACACACACACACACACACACACACACACACACACACACACACACACACACACACACACACACACUGUGCUUGUGAUUACAUUGUUCUUGUAAUUACAUGAUUCAGUAUUUGUUAUUUGUUGUUAUUUGUUACAUUUUCUUGUACAGAAAAGCAGAUAUGUUCAUCUGCAAAAGAACUGUUAAUUUUUUUUACACACACACACACACACACACACACACACACACACACACACACACACACACACACACACACACACACACACACACACACACACACACACACACACUUGUUAUUAGAGAUUAAUAAGUAACUGUCACAAUAGAAUAUUUUUCAUUAAAACAAAGAUAAAUGUUACAUCAAACUGUUUAUUCUCCUUUUUCCCCCAAAUUGGAAUCGAUAAGAGAAUCGAUAAGGAAUUGAAUCGUUUCACAGAAUCGA